AAAGCACCUUGUUGCCGCUGCGCAGGCGAACGAUGCUCCUCGCCGCGCACCUUGCGGCGCAGGCCCACACGCACGGCGGUCUCGGUCCCGGCCCAGGCCCGUGGGCUCACGAGCCUGCCGAGCUGCACAGCCUCUCGAGCACGGCGCUCGACGAGGCGGCAGAGCGGCUCAGCAGGGAGCUCCCGCACCGGUACUGCUUUCUGGUGGCCAAGGACGGCGCAGUGGUGCACGAGUCGUACUCGGCAAACUCGUCGGAGACCCUCUACUCGAUGGACUCGGCGAUGAAGCUCGGGACUGCCGCGCUCAUCGGGAUAGCGCACGCCGACGGGAUGCUCGACCUCGACGCGCCGCUCGCCGAGUACGGCCUCGAGCCGACGGCGGACUGGGGACCGUACUGGCCGCUCGUGACGACGCGCCACCUCCUCUCCAUGGUCUCUGGCCUCGGCCAGAAGCCGCCGGGCACCGCCUUUGCGUACGACUCCGGCUCGCACCUGCAGGAGCUCAUCUGGCUGCUCGAGCACGUCACGCGCGAGGCGUCGGUGCACUGGGCGACGCGGCGGCUGGCGAUACCGCUCGGCGUGCCAAACAUGUUUGCGGGCCAGACCGAGUCGGCCCACGUCCACGCCGGCGGCGACAACCGGCUGCCGUGCUCGGCGAUGCUGCGGCUCGGGCAGCUCUUCGUCAACGGCGGCUGGUGGGCCGACCGCGACGGCGCGGGCGGCGCGCCUGCUGUCGGGCAGCGCUCCACCGCGCUCCUCACGCCUUCCGGGGCUGUGCUUGCAGGCGCUCCGGUGCGGCUGCUGUCUGCAGCGUACGUGCGGGAGGUCUUCACGCCGCAGUACCCGGAGACGAACUCGGCGUACGGCUUCCUGACGUGGCUCAACCAGCACCCCAGCCGGCCCGCAGACUCGUACAAGCGGCCUGGCCUCGGCUGGUGCGACAUCCGCGUGCACGGCGCGUGGUGCGACGCGGGCGGAUCCCCGGUCGACGCGCCGCCCUCGCUCGCCCUCGGCAUGGGCUGGCUCGCAAAGUACGUCCUGCUGCUGCCAGAGACGCGCACGGUCGUCGUCUCGAUCGGCCAGUCGUGGACUCGCUCCGCAGCGUGCCAGCCGCCCCAAAACGUGUGGAACUACGACGAGGCAUUCGGAUCCCGCACCCUCUGGCGCUCCGUCGGCUCCGCGCUGCUGCCGCCGCCGCGCGCCUCGCCCGCCGCGCCCGCGUCCAAGCUGAGCCCGCUGCUCGCGCGGCUCGGCCUGCUCGGCAACUACUCCCUGCCGCGGCCGACGUACGGACGCGAGGCGGCCGCCCUCGUCGCGUGGGAGUCGCUUCGGCAGGAGCAGGAGAACGACCUCUGGUUCCGCGCGAGGCUGGCCGCGUGGGAGCUGCUGCCGCGAAAGAUCUCCGAGUUUGUGCAGAUGGUCGACACGUCGGCGGAGGUGGUCCGCGAGUCCGCGGUCACGACGUACGACCAGCACGGCAAGCCUGCAAUCCUGCCCACCCUCUCGCCCGCCUGGCCGGGGCCGCCGCCGCCGGGCCAGCGCGCCGACGAGCCCGCGGCCGACGACGUCGUCGCCGAGGUUGGCCUCGCCGCCUCCAAGGCGGCGGACGGAGUCGCCGGCGCAGCGGACUGGCUCUUCACCUUGGGCGGCUCGGGCGGACCGCUCGGCUCUUGCUACUGCGCCUGCCCGAUCGACUUGGGGUUCGGGCAGUGCUUCGACGCGCGCUCGGAGGGCGAGUGCGCGGCGCUCGAGCCGCUCGGCCGCGAGCACUGCCCUGCGAUCGGCGUGGUCAACCAGUGCGCGCAGCGGUGGCCCGACUGCUCCUUCAUGCCGAUCAUCCUCUCGUGGAAGCUGCUGCAGGGCAACCCGCUGCAGUGCGAGACGCGCAAGCCGUGCCCGCAGGCGCCCACGCUGACGCACUUUGGAGGGGAGCCCCACUUCCGGCAGUCGGAGGACGUGACCGAGGACACGACCGGCUCGUGCGACUGCUACGCCGAGCGCUUCGUCCGCUGCACGUGGGACGAGCGGCCCCGCUGCGGGAUGCUGCCCGGCAACGGCGAGAGCCACACCGCCGUGCUGGCGGGCGCCGCCGCCGCGCUAGAGAAGAGCACCGCGCUGCUGCAGCUGCAGGAGCUGCCCACCGCACAGCAGCGAGCGGCGGGGAGAGCCUACUUGCGCGGUGCGCCGGCCGCGAGCGCAACGCCGGCGGGGUGGCGCUGGUGGCGCGCCGCGACAGGGUACGGCGGCGGCGCGGCCGCGGCAGGCGGCGCGGCGGCGGCGGCAGCUGCGGCCGCGCUGGGGCUGGCCGUGCGGGGCCGCAGGAGACGAGGGAGGCGCGGCGCGACGACCGCGCCCCUCGUAUAGCCGCUUGGCCCGCUCUUCCGCGGGGUGCGGGGCGACGGAUGGCUGAACAAAGCGCAUGUCUAUGCGUGUACCCAUGCGAAAUCUCACAUACACUCCAUCAACAGACGACGCACACAGACAGAUACGCCCAUGAGUUUGCGAGAGACAUGUUUUGUUCUGUGUAUUGAUUGGCGCUGCACUUCUCUUUUAUCACCAUAAAUGGAUACGUAGACGUUAGACCGUACUCCGUAGGCCGUAGCCCUCUCCCGUCCUCUCCAUCAAAGAAGAACAAACAAAGUGUGUGUUGUUUCAUGCGAUUUGGUAUUGCGAUAACUUUUACUUCG